AUGGGAAAGACAACUCUUGCUAGAGUUGUUUAUGAUACGUAUUCUGAUCAAUUUGAAGUUUCUAGUUUUAUUGUUGAUGUUAGGGAAAAGUCAGAAAAAGGUGAUUUGCUUCAAUUACAAAAACAAUUUCUUAAAGAAAGUUUGGGGAAAAUAGAUACAGCGGCGAUAUGGAAUGUUCAUGAAGGAGCUAAAAUAAUCAAGAAUAGGUUAUGUCAUAAAAAAGUUCUACUUGUCCUAGAUGAUGUUAAUCACGUGAACCAAUUAGAAAAUUUGGCUGGAGAGCAUCAUUGGUUUGGAUCGGGGAGUUGGAUCAUCAUAACAACUAGAGAUGAACAUGUGUUGGUCGAACAUGGAGUUCUUAAAAUAUAUAAGCCUAUUGGACUAAAGAAUAAUGAUGCCUCAAAACUUUUUUGUUUGAAAGCCUUCAAAAAUGAGCAAUCCAAAGAAGGUUAUACACAUCUGUCUCAGGAAGUUGUAAAAUAUGCUGGUGGCCUUCCGUUAGCUCUUGUUACUUUGGGUUCCUUUUUAAUUGGAAGAAAAAUAGAUGAAUGGCAAAGUGCAUUGGACUAUUUUAAAAAUAAUCCUAAAAAAGAAAUAUUUGAUAUACUUAAAAUAAGUUAUGAUGGACUAGAGGAAAUGUGGAAGGAGAUUUUCUUAGAUAUUGCAUGUUUCUUUAAGGGGUGGUCCAAAUUUGAAGUAAUACGUAUAUUAGAGAAUUGUGGUUUUAAUGCAAGAAUUGGUAUAAGUGUUCUCCUGGACAAAUCUCUCCUAACUGUUGCAGGAGACAUUGAAGAAUUGGGGAUGCAUGAUCUACUACAAGAAAUGGGUGAAAAAAUUGUUUGUCAACAAUCAUGUGGAGAGCUUGGAAGGCAGAGUAGGUUGUGGCUUUUUGAGGACUUGCUUCAUGUACUGGAAAACAAUAUGGUAAGAAGCUAUAAUUUUAUUUUAGCGAAUAAGAUUGAGCAAGUAUAG